AUGUCGAUAACGUUGCGGCGAAUGUCGCGAGCAGUGACAUGGACUUCUCUCUCUCGUCGCUGGUCAUCAACAACCCACGUCUCUCGUCUGCGUGAUACACCACAUCUGAAGCGUAAAUUAGGGCAGCAUUUGCUCGUAUCCGAUGACAUUUUGAACCAAAUCGUCGCAGCUUCCGAGCUUCCGACCAUUUCGUCCACUUGUCUCCAUGUGCUGGAGAUUGGUCCAGGAACAGGCAAUUUAACAUCAGCAUUACUUCAAGUGAGUCCAAGCGUACGAGUUCAUGCUGUUGAGUUUGAUCUUCGUAUGGUCGAGCAACUAAAGCUUCGUUUUCCAUCGGAGAUCGAGUCGGGAAGUCUCGUAGUGGAGCAUUCAGACUUUGAUGCAUUUCAAUUUGUGAUGGACAAGAAAGACGAGAGAAGGUUUGAUGCUUGUGUCGCCAAUAUUCCAUACCAAUUGUCGUCACUCGUAGUAUCUCGACUCUCGAAUUACAUCCAUCGUUAUCCAACAAGCUUCAAAUGUGCAGUGCUCAUGGUUCAGGAAGAGUUUGCAUUGAGAUUACUUGCUCAACCGGGAAACAAAAAUUACAGUCGCUUGAGUGCCAAUACGGCAUUGGUCGCUGAUGUCACGUCCAUUCUGAAAGUAUCACGGCAAGACUUUUUACCUCCACCAAAGGUAGACUCGCGAGUGAUUAAACUUGUCCCACGUGCUGCUUUGACGCCAGUGUUACCCACAAGUGACGAGCUUUUCUUUCAAAAGUUUGAUGCAUUGUUGAGAUUGUGCUUUGAACGGAAGAAUAAGACACUGAGAGCGUUGCUGCUGGCAAAGACGGCGAGAUCGCAGUAUUUGUUACAAGCGGCUGAAGGGGAGGACAAGCACCAGGCGAUUACCAAACGUGUAGAAGCCGCGCUGGAAGCAAGCGGACUUGCGUCUAAUCGAGCAGUCAAGGUGUCUGUGGCUGAGUUCAUACAAUUGAUGCAAGCAUUGCACGAACGCGGAAUUGAUCUACGUCCGAGCACUACACGUCAUUUCCAGGAUUAG